GUUGUUGCAGGUAGUGUGAGUUGUGAGUGAGGGCGUGAAGAAAGACACCAUAGAGCUUCCGGAAUCGUUCAUUAUCCGCUGCUUCUUCAAAUACCCCCCCGCGGCCCGCUGCUGCUUCAUCUUCUUUCCUUCUCAUCUCCUCUCCCCCACCAUCACCACCACCCCCGAACCUUCUUGCAACACCUGUCUCCAAUCAUGUCGGAGCAGAAGAAGGGCGUUUCCGAGGUCGAGGAGACCUUCGACUUCAUCCAGACUCCUCCAGCGAAGGAGCCCGCCCCACCGAGCACUGUAUGCGGUGUGCGAACAACUGCUUACCCAACUAUCCCCAAUGCUCCCCUCCCCGCCGAGGGUCCCGGCAAUGAGCAAUUCAGCAACUUGAUCCUGGGCGGUGCCAUCAUCGUCGUCCCCUUCUACCUGAUGCGGAAAGUCGGCGGAGGCCUCAAAACCUUCAUCUUCUUCGCAUUGCUCACGUCCCUUCCGAUUCUGGUUGGCUACUGGACAAUCAUGUCGCGGUACUCCCCCCGCAAGAAUACGAAAGUCAAGUUGCCCGGAAAGCCCAUCGAACACUACCUUGACUUCCACAAGCCCGAAGACAAGGAGAAGUACAAGGGCACCGCAAAGAUCCCCAUGGAGACCUUCCACGAGAUGUACUUCGCCGGCGAUGUGUCCUUCAAGGGCGACUGCUUGGAGAUUCUGGAAUACCGUCACGAUUGGUGCACUUCCGAGUUCACCUGGAGCUUGUUCAAAUACUUCUUGACCGGCAUGAUUCCCGAGGUUAUCAUGCACACUCGAUCCCAGGAUGAGGAGCAAGUCCGUGACCACUACGACCGUGGUGAUGACUUCUACGGAUGGUUCUUGGGCCCACGCAUGAUCUAUACUUCCGGCCUUAUCUCGGACAUCCACAAGGAGGAGACUCUCGAGGAACUUCAGGACAACAAGCUCAAGACCGUCUGCAGCAAGAUCGACUUGAAGCCCGGCGAGCGGAUGUUGGAUCUCGGCUGUGGUUGGGGAACGCUCGCUCGUUUCGCUUCCAAGAACUUUGGCGCACACGUUACCGGUAUCACCCUCGGACGCAACCAGACCGCCUGGGGCAACAGUGGCCUUCGCCGUGAUGGAACCCCUGAGUCUCAGUCUAAGGUUCUCUGCAUGGAUUACCGCGACACUCCCGUCCCCGAAGGAAAGUACAACAAGAUCACCUGUCUCGAGAUGGCUGAGCACGUCGGUGUCAAGCACUUCUCUACCUUCUUGAAGCAGGUCAACAACAUGCUCGAGGACGACGGUAUCUUCUUCCUGCAGAUCGCUGGUCUGCGCAAGAGCUGGCAAUAUGAGGACCUCAUCUGGGGAUUGUUCAUGAACAAAUAUGUCUUUCCCGGUGCUGACGCUUCGACCCCCCUUGGAUGGUUCAUCGACUCUCUCGAGGGUGCUGGUUUCGAGGUCAAGACUGUUGACACCAUUGGAGUUCACUACAGCGCUACUCUCUGGAGAUGGUACAGAAACUGGAUGGGUAACGAGGAGAAGGUCAAGGCCAAGUACGGUGGACGGUGGUUCCGCGUCUGGGAGUACUUCCUUGCGUACUCGACCAUUACCUCCCGCCAGGGUGGUGCCACUUGCUACCAGAUCGUCCUCCACAAGAACCUGAACGCCUUCCACCGUGUCGAGGGUAUCGCCACUCAGUUCGCCAUCACUGGUGCUCUGAACACUCCCAAGCCCGAACUGCCUCAGCAGGCUUAAGCCACGACAUUUUCAUGAAUGCAUAUUGUGUUAUUUAGGUUGGGAUGGCUGGGUGCGUGGGGGUGUUGUGCGUUGUAUGGGUUGCGUUUCUUUUUUCCCAGAGCGAGCUUCAAUUGUUGUCUUCUCGGUCAUUUUUGUCGCAUAUAGAAUCUGGAAGGGAAAAGUUACUUGAUGGGAAUUCCUUGGCUAUGCUGUCUGUGAUCGCCCAGUGAAUCAAAUCGUGACCUCGAUUUCGUCUCAUCUCAACGCAUGCCGCGUGUGUCCCGCUAGUAUUCCUCC